AUCACAAAUUUUCUUCGCGGUACAAGUUCCGAGAUGACGAUUCUGUCAGGCAAACUAAAAAAGAAUUUGACACCACCUUUCCAGGUAGUAUUCCAGCGGAUACAUCCAGAACCCAAGUUGCAAAGAAUUACCAGAAUCUCGAUAUGCUGUCAAAGGGUGCAGCUCGAGAAUAUCCGAACGAAGAUAACGACGUAUCGUCGGUUCCCGACGAGGUACGGAGUCCACCAAGGAAACGCCACCGUGACGAAACUCAGACGGCAGUCGGCAAGAAGCACUCCGUAUGCGACGAUAAAUCCGAAUACGUGUCUCGUGAGCAUGUGGAAGUGGCAGAGACUCACGGGGCACCUAAAAGAUCCCACCGGGUCGAGAAGAGUUUCAGAGAGCACCACCGGCAUCACAAAAAGCACAAGUGUGCUGCAGAACGAGGCUCCCACAAUCAGAGCCCGACUUCACUGAAAGGUCACAGGAGGGAACACCACAAACACCACCGGCACCGCCACCGCCACCACCACCGCCACCACAGGAAAGAGGGAGAGACGGUCGAGCCGAACAGUGUGGUAGCUAACAGUGCCGAAUCUGAAGACCCGUCAAAUAAAUACGACAGACGGCAGGAAGUAGAUACCACUGUCGAAGAAAUAGGUACGGUACAAUCCGAAGAGCAAGUGGAACAGGUCGAUGUAGGUGGAGCACCUACGGAAAAGUGUGACCGGCAAGUGACGGUAGACACUAUUUUGUCAGACAGUGGAGUCGUGUCCAUCCCCGUCGAGAUACUAGUCUCGGGUGACGAUGCCGACAGUAGCCUGAGGCGCCACGAAGAAAAACGUGUCCGUGAAGAACUCGAGGACAUGUUGCAGGUUCUGGAAGGUAGUGCCCGUAAAGGAGACCGCCGAGAAACUGCCGAAGCUGUAACUUCGGAGCAGGUUGCAGGAUUCGGCGGAGAGUUCGGAAUAUUUCCCCUCGGAGACACGGCGGGUCAGCAGGACGUUACGGGAUUGGGAGAACCCGUCGGGAUCGGUGCCGGUCUGACGUUAGCCUCGCCUCCGCCACCGUUGCUACAGCGACAGUUACGGCAGACUUCCAGUGCCGGCGAGCUGACUGAGGACGAGAUCAUUGAAAUCCUCUCCGAAGUGGAAGGGAACAAUACGGUAAGGGAGCCGUCACCACUGGUCACUCCGAAGAAAGACUUCCCCAGGAAGCAGCUGCCAGAGAUGGAGCAGGUACGGCCAUCAGUCGAGCCGCGAGCUGCGCCAGAGGGCCUGUCGGAUGCCGAAGACGAUCUCCCACUGUCACUGUCAGUGUGCCUCGGCAGCUUACCGCAGACAACUCCCGCUGUGGACGGAGACGUUCCCGUCGCCCGUUUCGGACCUGCCACUCCGACGGGCCCACCCGUGCUACAGCCGUGCACUGUAGACGGACUCAAUGGCGAAAAGGUCUUGCCUCUGCUGCCUGCAGAACCGGCACCGACACCGCCUCAGCCUGACGAUAGAGGAGAAGACUGCAAUUUAGACGAGAAACUGGGUCCGCCGACACUGGAUUUGAUAGCUGCACCUCGUGCCGAGGAGGUGGUGCCUGUUAAAGAGGAGGAACCUUUCAGUGAAAUACCCGUGUUGUCUCCGGCACCGGCUGUGACAGAGAAGGAAAUACUGGACAUCGACAGGAAGAAUAAACACGAGAAGAGAUCGAGGCGACACUCGGAAUGUGGCGAAAAGCAGAAGCACAUCGUGCCACCCAUCUCGAUAAAGAUUACGUUACCGAUAGCCGAUAUUGCCGAUCCCCCCACCAGUGCAGUUAAAUCGCAAAAGAAAAAGGAACGUAAAAAGCACAAGAAGAAGGAAAACGUGCUUCAAAAUUUUGCUUCGGAUAAUGCUACCUGCAUUAGUAAAAUGCCUGAGGUGGUUGAAGAGUCUGGUGAAUUAAUUCAGAAGGUCGAGGUGAGAGAAGACACUGUAGAGGAGAUGCCACCCGUACGCCUACCGGAAGUGCUAGAUGUGGCGUGCGCCGAUUCUCGAGUCCUCGGUAGUGACGAACAUUUGGAUCACAGUGGAGAGACUGUGUUCGAUUCGACUGCAGCAGCAGGGGAAGGAGAAACCGUCGCAGAGACGUCACGUGUCGAACCCCGAUCGGAACUGGAUGCAGAGACGGAUCGCCAGGACACUACCAAGUCACCUAAGAAGAAGCAGUCUAAGAGCCCCCAUAAGCGCAGGAAAGACGCACGUGCCGCACAGAACACGGAAGAUGCGGACGAGGCUCUGGCACGCACCAUAUCUGCCCCCAGGCCACGCCGACUGGCGAAAGAGGUCGCUUUGAAGGAAGUGCGCAACCACUUCCUGAUAGAUGGACAAUUGGAGGCUCUAAUCGGAGCCAAUGUCGAGGACGAGUUGUCCUUGCUUGCCGUCGACAGUGCACUUUUUGGAGUUACCGACCGACCUGAACCGUCUGGGGACAAGAACAAGCAGGAUAAGACCGGUUCCGGGCAAGGGGAUGCGGAAGCCGAUGCGCCCGUGAAAGCCGUACGUCCCGCCGUCGCUCCGACUGAAAGUGUCGCAGCCGACGGGCGCAAUCCCACGGCUACCCGCACUACGUCUUCGUCGGUCACCGAGCAGCGCGGGAGGAGGAAAGCCAGGGCUGACAUCUCGAAGACAAAUUGUGUUACCGAAGGUGAGGACAUAAAAAGCAGUAACAGAGAAGUGGUCGGCCGAGACGUCAAAUCGGAGAAGGCGACAGGCGAGUUGACGGGGGAUAAGAUAAGUGAACUGCAAAAGGUGACGGACGGAGCCGAAGAGCAGUUGCCUGCUACACCUCUGAAGCGAGCCUGCAGUUCUCCCGGAAAGAGCCCCGAACCGAAGAAGAAGGUGAGGAGAGUGAAGGCAAAAUCUGGAGUCGUGCCGAUCACUAAGUUGAAUAUUCUGCCGAGUGCACGAGAUGUAGUGCCUGCUGUGAAAAGUGUCAAAGCAGAAUCGCAGGCAGCAGUUCUGAAUGCAGACAAACUGAAUAUAUCUCUCGGAGACAAAAAGGUUGAGGAUAAUUGUGAGACAGAGCGCAAGGUGACACCGGAGGUGACGAACAAAGCGUAUGUAUCCCCCAAAGAAUCCCCCACGUCCCCGACCCUCCCGAAAGUGCAGCAUACGGAUGACAGGAGUUUCCGCUCGUUAACUGUGAGGGAGAAGCGAUCGACUCGCUGCAACCUGUCGUACGAGGAGAUGUACACGUCUUCCGACGUGACGAGCGAGACGGACAAUAGUCAGGAGCUCCCUGCAGAGGCGGGAACCGUCCGUGUGCCGGGUAGCGGCCAGGCAGCGCUGCCGUUCCCGCCGAGAGCGAGCAGUGAUGACAGUGACGAGUCGGACGACAGCGACGGUGACGACAAGCAGAGGAAGCGGAAAGGAUCCAAGAAGAAGGUGACCACACCGGAAGCUGGCACUUCUAUCUCAGGGGUGCCGAAGCGACGGAGCAGUACCGGAUCGUCGAAGUUCUACUGCGCGGCCUGCGACCGGCACUUCACGACGGCUUACAAUUUGGCAAAGCACGCCCGCUCGAACAGGCACGUCGCACGUGCUAUGGCGCGCCUGCCGAUGGUGGGUGUGGAGCAGAACCCGGGGCCGAGUGGAGGCGGGAAGGCGCAGACCGGGGCUGCAUCCCCACGUUCGGAGGCGGACGGGCGGCCGCAGGCCGCGGCGUCCGGAGUCGGAGUUGGAGCGGCGCGACCGGCACCGACUGCGGAACGACCGCCCGCGGCGGCGAAUGCCGCGUCUGCAGACAGCUCACUCGCAGACGUCGCGGAGGAGUCCGAGGGGGAAAUCCUCCGCAACCAGGAAUCCGGAUGGGAGCGCCGCGUGUCGAUCCAUAUGAGCCUGUGCGAGAUCCUGCGAGCCAAGGGCGACGACGCCGUCAAGGACCCGGCCACGCCCCUCGCAGACUCCGCACCGGCGACGGAAAUCACGACCUCGGGCGCCGCCCGCGCGGACAGCGUGGCGAGCUCUGCGGACGACCUGCCGCUCAGCACCAGUGACGAUACCACUGCGUCUUUCAAGGUGCGCGACGCGGAGACGGUUCCUUCGGACACGGGAUCGGUGUGGCCGUCGCCCGCCACCACGACUGGGACCGGAGGCGGCGAGGACAGCCCGGCACCCCCGGCGGUGCCCCCGGUGACGCAACCCCCGCCGGCGGCGGCGGAUGGCCCCGUGUCGUGGCACCCGCCGGACUGGCCGCAGGCCGUCGCCUGGGGCCAGAGGGGCUACGACUCCCCCGCCACGACAGUGCCGCCACCGGCGGGGCCGUGGCCGGACGCGGACUCCGCUCCGUGGGCGUCGGUCACUCCUCCGCUGCCGCACCAGCCGACGGAGCAGCCGGGCUGCUGGGAGAGGGGAGCGGAGGUGGCGUGGGGCGGAGCUGCUGCCCGAGACGCGUGGGGGCGGCCGCUGCAGCCCGCCUGGGAGCGCGAGAGCGGCACCGGCCUCGACUCGUUCAUGGAUUCCUUCAGCCAGUCGCUGCAGAUCCUGGGCAGCCGUAACGCGGACGACGCGGCCGGUGUCGGCGCAGACGCGGGCACUGUGCCCGCGGACGCCUCCACUGUCGCACUGCCGUACCCCGUGGCCGACCCCGCGGGGUUGCGGGAGCUGCAGAACGCGAUGGGUGCUACGGACGAGGAGAUGGCCAUCCUGCAGCAGCUGGGUGGAGCGGGACCCAUUUGGGUGCCCAUCAAGGCCGAGGCGUCAGCUUCAGUGUCCGCGCCCGAGGAAGAGGAAGAGGAGGAGGAGGAGGCGGACAUCGUGGACCUGGACCACCAGCGGACCGCCCCGGAGGCUUCAGCCGCAGACGUCACCCGCAGAGGCGGCGACAGUGCGGCCGUGCCGGCGGGGCCGGGCGCCGAGGCACCGACGGGCGGCGAGAAGGCCGUCCCGGACACUUCGGCCCGGCGCGGUGGGGCCGGAGGUGCCGCGCCCGUGGCACCUGUCGUCGGCUCUGUCAAGGUUUUCCCCGAGCCACAGUAUCACCGAGCCGCCGUUCCCCUGUCGCAGAGGCAGUACGGAAUGCGGCCGGCGCGCGGGGCCGGCAGCAGUGUGGAGAACCUGCUGGCGGCGUACGAGGCGAAGGAGAUGGUGUGCCCGUCCUGCCACCGCUUCUUCCUGGGGGUGUCGGCCCUGCAGCAGCACGUGCGCGUGGCGCACGACGGCCGCGUCGGCCCGCCCCCGCUCAAGAAGUCGAGGGCGUCAGUAGCCGGGUCUUCGGUCUCGAAGCGUCCUGGCGGGUCCAUUGGCUGGCCGGUGACGUCCGGCACGGGAGUGGCGGGCGCCGGCAGCGGCUCGUCAGAGUCCGGCGCGGCCGCCGCAGCCUCGGCACUGGGAACGUCCGCCGACUCGCCGCGCAGGCUGGCCUGCUCGCACUGCCGCGAGCUGCUGGCAGGGAAGGACGCGUUGGCUGCCCACGUCGCGGAGGAACACCCGGCCAGCAUGACGACGACCGGUUCCGCCGCGUCGACGACGACGCUGGGCUGCAGCGACGAGGCGGAGGGGCUGAAGACGCACAUCUCGACGGCUCUCGGCGGUCUGCUGGACCGAGCCCUCAACAACCUACUGGAGAGAGGACUCAGCCCAGGUGGCUCUGCCCACCUCCCCAGCCUCAACCAGCCAACGCUGAGCCUGCUGCAGAAGCUGACGGCACGCCGCCCCGCGACGUCGUCCGCGUCCGGGUCGUCGUCGACGACGACCGGCCGACCGGCCCCCGUAUACAACACGGAGCUGGCCAAGGAGAUGCGACGGCAGAUUUCUAAGCCGCGCCCCGCGGGACUGGCGCUGCUGCGUGCGACUUCGAGUGCCGUCGGCAUGUCCGAUUCGCACCCCUACGUCUGCUUCUAUUGCGAGAGCCGGUUCGAGCAGCAGAGCACUCGCAACAGACACAUGGUGCGCACGCACAAGAACGAGAUGAUCUGCUCCAAGUCGAAGCAGGCAGAGCCCGAGAACGAUCCGGACGACGUGUCUGGUGGUGAAGACUCUGACCACAGUUGGCGUGAACCGAGCCCCACCAACUGGACAUCCGAGACACCUGGCGGAGACAUGGGAGGUGAUGGUGAUUUCCUGUGUUCAGAUUGCGGCAUCAACUUCGGCACGCCCCAGGAAGUACUGGCGCACCGCAAAGCGGAGCACAGCCGGCCCGAGCCCCCGCCGCAGGAGUCGUCGCCCGCACAGGGCAGGGGCCGUAACGGCCGCGGCAGGGGAGGCGGCGCGUCGGGCCGGGCCGCGCCCGUGUCGCCGCCCGACGGGGAGACUAUAAAGCGGCAGGCGAUGGCGGCGCUGCGCGAACUGGGCGCGCAGAGCCGGCGGGGCGGGGGUCGCGGAGCCUCGCAGGCCAAGUGGGGCAUGCGGUUCCCGCUGGCUCCGGCGUCUGGCACGGAGGGUGCCGUCAAGCUGGAGAAGGGGGGCCGCCUUCAGCCUGCCACUGGUCCGCAAGGCGAGCGGCCCGGGCCCGAGAUUCGCUUCCCUGGAGAGGAAGCGCGGAAAGAAGGCGGGAGCCGGCAGCGGGGGCGACGAAGCGUCACCCGGUCCGUCGCCGGCGCGGCUCGACGUGUACGAGUUCGCCGACGAGGAGACGUUGGCCGAGCGACCGGAGCUGCAGAGGCGGCCGGCAGGGGGGGCUGCCGUCGCCACUCCGGACACCACCGCGGGUGCCGCUUCCACAGCCGAGCUGGCCGAGGAGAAGGAGAACGGUGCGAAAAGUGUCGAGCAGACCACUGCGUCGGAGCUCUCGAAAGAGGAGGCAGUUCCCCGGUCGGAGACGGCGGGAGGGGAUGCGGUCGAGGGUGACCGGCCCUCCACCGGGAGACCCCAGCGGCGCGAGAGGCGGCGCAAGUCGUGUGCAGACUUCCCUUCGGACCUCAGCGACGUACUGGACGAGUCCGACAGUGACGGCGAGCCCCGGGCCACUCCGGUCGCCCGCACCUCU